CAACAUCACAUAAUUUUGAUCGAAUAUAUCAAGCAUCAUGAAGGUGGCUAUAGUAUUUCUCUCUGUGCUAGCUCUGAGUCUCUCAGCUCCUCAGGUGAGGAAGGUUUUCCACGAACAUGCUGAGGACUUCCUCGACCUGAUCGAGGAAGAAUCUGGUCACGAAAUUAUGCACCUGGUCGAACACUACCUCGAAUUCGAAGAGUUCACCAAGUCUCUUGACUACUUGUCCUCCCCCAACUUCAGGAAUCUUGUCUACGAAAUGGAAUCUUUACCUGAAUUCAAAGCUGUGAUCGACUUCUUGGAAAAAGACAAUAUUGACGUUACAUACUACGUUGAGCGAUUGAAUGAAAUGAUCGAUUAUUUACAAAACGACAAAAGGAUUCGCCACACCCUGAGCGGUAAAGACAUGACCGCUUUCAUCAACGACUGUAUCGCUAUCUUCCCCAAAGACAAGCUGACGGCCCUCUACGAAGAGAAGAUUGUAGAAGAUGAAGAAUUCAGAGUAGCUAUGGAAAACCUGAAUAGCGAGGAGUGGGACCAAGUGUGGAACGCUCUCUGGGAGAGUGAGGCCUUCAUUGAGGAAGCUAACAUUCUUCUUGAAAAUGGAAUCGACCUGAAAGUUCUCCUUCGUGAGGUUAAAGCUGUGUUUGGACAGUUCAAGAAGUAAAUUUAAUGUACAUUACUUGUUGAUGUUCUAUAAUAAAUAAAAU